CCCUUGAACUUGGUAGGCACGAACUUCGGUUGAUUGAACAUGGCAGGUUUCGCGGGAAACAUGGUGUUCAAAGUCUCGUGCCAGCUUCCUUUUCGCUUUUUUUCAAUUUCCCGGAGCAUUUGGAAGUCGCCGAUUGCGUGCCUGAAGUGCAGAGAUUUCAGUUCUUCUCUUUCGGUUAGGUACAUUGCUAGUACGUUCCACGGGGUGAAACUAUCUGAAACUGCUCUGCCAGUGAAAAGUCGGGGAUAUUGUAGUUUUCCCGAUGUUAAUGUGCUCAAGAUAAAUGGUGGAAAAGAUGUGCAUGCAACGAUUGCCCAUUGUGAAAUUUCUCAAGAUGCGAAUGAAAUUUGCUCUGACUUCUUCUUUGAUGACAGUGAACAAGGUUCUUUCGAUCAAAUUGAAGAGGUUGCAGAGCUGACGAUCCAUCAAGGAGGAGACUCUGGUGACCAGGAUUUGAUACAAGUUGACAAAAUUAUUAGUGAUGUUGAGGAAUCUGCUGUUAAAUUACUCGCUGCCAGGGCACUCACAGCACUUGAGUUGAGAAAGAAAUUGCUUGGAAAGAGAUUUUCUCCUAAUUCAGUGGAUGCAGUGAUAAACAAGUUCCAGCGAAGAGGGUUGAUCAAUGAUAGGUUGUAUGCUGAAUCAUUUUCUCAGUCAAGAUGGUCUUCAUCAAGUUGGGGACCAAGGCGGAUCAAACAAGCACUGUUCAAGAAGGGUGUUAGUCAAGCUGAUGCUGAGAAGGCAGUGGAAGUGGUAUUUAAGGGCAAUGAUUGCGCCGAAGAUCACAAGUCAGUUAUUGGCUUGUCAAAACAUUCCUUGGAUCAUCUUUAUACUCAAGUCUCAAAGCAGUGGUUCAGAGGUCCGAAUGUUCCCAAGGAGACAAGAAAAUCAAGAAUCGUUCGGUGGCUUCAGUAUCGUGGUUUUGACUGGAAUGUCAUUAACUUGAUGCUAAAGAAAUUAGACAGACAGGACCAGAAUUCUCCGUAGUGCACAACUACGACAUCCAAAAUUCAUAGUAAUCAGAAAAUUGAUUGGUGGGCUCCAUAAAUGUAUCUUGAAGUGUAUAUUGUGUAAUAUGGUGGUAGGGUUGAAGCCUCCUUUGGCUCUUAAUGCUGAUAACACUUGAAGUUCAUUUCUUCAAUUUGCUCUCAAGGCAUGUGGCAUCUGAACAUUGAAGAUACUUUUCUUCUUGUUGAGGCUGAGAUAAAGCAGGAGACACCACUAAGAAGGUGGUACUUGUAGUCCACACUACCAAUUCUUGUAGAUAUGGUGCUGAUUUGAUAUGAUCCAGAAAAGUUGAUGAUGCGUGCUUCUUUUAAAUGUGUGCUUAUGCAAGAAAGAUUAUCCACAUGUCUAUCCAAUAACACUCAUCCAUCAACUUGUAUCAUGGAUUAUCUAGAGCAGAAUGAGUGCCAUUAAUUAUAUAUAAUGGCAUCUGUUGAAUUAUUUCAUAAAGCGAUGGAGAGUGGAGACUUAAAGGGCUAGUUGGAUGCAAACGUGCUGUUCCAGACUUCUUCACUAGCAGCACUGAAACAAGUUUUAUAUGAUUGUGUUUGGAUUAACUUGUUUAAAAGAAUAAUCUCUUAUUUUUUUUACAUAUAAUGAGAAA